AUGGCUACCAAGAACCUUCACCUUGUCGACGUAUUCGAGGAAGACGGCAGAACAUAUGCCAGGAUUCCCAAAAAGACUGACACUGGCGUUUCGAAAGUGAGCCCCAAGGACUUUACUGUGCACAAUAAGUCUGAUUUCACUAGCAUUGUUAAAAACCUUGAGACCUAUGGUUUGUGCAUUGUCAAAAACCACCUCACCGCCGAAGACUGUGAGAUAAUCAAAGAAGAGCUCAAACCGCAUUACUUUCGUGAAAAAUCCUGGAACGGUUCGCCGUUUCCCAGGCAGACUACGGUUGUAGCUCGGACAGUUUUAAAAUCGCGUACCUGUCUGGACAAAAUUGCAACUGAUGACACGUUCUGCGACGUGUCUCAACGCUUUCUGGCUGAGUCGAACAUGUUUUGGAUAGGGGAAGGCCUACGGCGGGGGGUUUCCGGCAUCCAUCUGAAUUCCGGUAUUGUUUACCGUGUUGGGCCUGGCGCAGGCGACCAAAUGUGGCAUCGCGAAGAUAUGGUGCAUCAUAACGUUCAUCCUAGGCGCGACCGAUACCACUACGGGGAUGAUUCUCAUGUGGGUUUUGCCGUUGCGUUGACCAAGAUGACCAAGGAAAACGGUGCGACUCGUGCUAUCGCAGGUUCCCACUUAUGGGGCCCGCUUGACGGGCCGGGCGACUUUGACAAAGGCGCUGAGGUGUACCUCGAAAUGGAUGAGGGAGAUGCGGCCUUCAUGCUGGGAGGCGUCUACCACGCGGCCAGUGCCAAUGCUAGCACUGAAGAACGUAUAGCUGCCUUCUUCUUCAUGAACAAAAGUUAUUUAAAGCAGGAAGAGAACUACCAUAUUGACCAGGACCCGCCAUUUUUUAGAAACCUCCCCCUCAAAGCACUCACUAUUUUAGGGCUGCACAUCAGCGAGCCUUUCUGCGGACAUGUGGACUACAAGAGUCCUGCUUUCUUGAUCAAUCCUGAACUCGAAGCUGGGGUCAGACAAGAAAAAUACACCGAAGUGCUCUAUCCAAAAUACGAAUAA